AUGGCUGGGCAAGAAAUGAAGCCGACGUUUGAUGACAUCAUGGGCUGUCAAGCCGCAGUCUACGAAUGGGCAGAUAGCUACGAUAGCAAAGACUGGGAGCGGCUGAGCAAAUGCAUCGCGCCAACGCUGCGCAUCGACUACCGCUCCUUCCUCGACAAGAUCUGGGAAGCCAUGCCAGCGGCCGACUUCAUCGCCAUGGCAUCGGACCCCAACGUGCUGGGCAACCCGCUACUCAAGACGCAGCAUUUCAUCGGCGGCACGCGGUGGGAGAAGACGGGGGACGACGAAAUCACGGGCUACCACCAGCUGCGGGUGCCGCACCAGCGAUACACGGAUGCGACGCGGACACAGGUUGCAGUCAAGGGGCAUGCGCAUAGUGCGAAUACGCACUGGUAUCGGAGAGUGGAUGGGGUGUGGAAGUUUGCGGGGCUGAGCCCGGAUAUCCGCUGGUUCGAGUAUGAUUUCGACAAGGUGUUUGCCGAGGGGAGGGAUGCGUUUGGGGAGGCUAAGGCGGCGAGUGGGAUUCCUGCAGAGGUUGGUGGUGGCGGGGAGAAGGGGGAGUGA